AGUGCAAGGCGGAUAUUGAGUGAGGAAGAGGGUAGAGAGCGAGUCAAGUGAGUAGUCGGAGCGGAAAUGUUCAGCUCGGGUGCCGCUUAAAGCGACACGAACAGCGGCUUAAUCUGGAGAUUUAGGACUUCUGUGGAAGAAAACACGAAAUAUAUAUAAUUGUCCGCUCAUUUAAAAAGUAGCGGCGAUAGUAGAAGCGCCCUUGCGGUGCCAUUACCAGUUUGCCGGUAUCGCAGUUGAGGGACGCUCGGGACAUCGACAGUAGUCUGCCGCCCUCCCCUGCUCGCCCUAAACUGUCGGUUGGGUGUUGGUGCCGCUUUGGUCCAGUUGAUGUGGACUGGAGGUUCUCCAUCACAGGUUGACCAUGGGCUUGACUGGUAAGCGAUCAGAGAAAGGCCCCGUGUGCUGGAGAAAGCGAGUCAAGUCUGUGUACAUGAGGCUCCGCCAGCUCAAGAGGUUCCGCAGAGCCGAUGAGAUCAAGAGCAUGUUUAACUCCAAUAGGCAGAAGAUCCUGCAGCGCACCGAUAUCCUAAACCAGGAGUGGAAGACACGCCGGAUACAGCCAGUGCGCAUCAUGACGUCCGUGAGCUCCCUCCGUGGGACCAGAGAGUGUACCGUGGACAGCGGCUUUUCAGAGUUCUCCAGACAAGUUAUACCCCUCAAGACUCUCAAUGCAGUGGCGUCCAUACCUGUGAUGUAUUCCUGGUCCCCUCUUCAGCACAAUUUCAUGGUUGAGGACGAGACUGUUUUGCAUAACAUUCCCUACAUGGGGGACGAAGUCCUAGACCAGGAUGGCACCUUCAUUGAAGAGCUUAUUAAAAACUAUGAUGGCAAAGUCCAUGGAGAUCGAGAAUGUGGUUUCAUCAAUGAUGAGAUAUUUGUAGAGCUGGUCACUGCUCUCAAUCAGCAUAGUGACAAUGAGGAUGAAGAGGAAGACCAGCAUGAGUACAAACUGGAGAAGAUGGACCUUAGUGAAGGCAAGGAUGAGGAUGAUCCCAGAAAGGGCCAGCUGAACAGCUCGGAUGGCACUGAAUGUUCUAAAAAAUUCCCUUCCGAUAAGAUAUUUGAAGCCAUCUCUUCCGUGUUUCCAGACAAGGGAUCACCAGAGGAACUCAAAGAGAAGUACAAGGAGCUGACGGAGCAACAGCUUCCUGGGACGCUGCCCCCGGAGUGCACCCCCAACAUCGACGGGCCCAACGCCCGCUCUGUACAGCGGGAGGAGAGCCUGCACUCCUUCCACACCCUCUUCUGCCGACGCUGUUUCAAGUACGACUGCUUCUUGCACCCUUUCCAUGCAACUCCAAACACAUACAAGUGUAAGAACACAGAGAACUUGACAGACAGCAAACCCUGUGGCCACAACUGCUACAUGUACCUCAUACAGGACAGUACGAUGCGAGAGUGCCCGGCCAGCCUGGUGCCAGAUAGGGCCAAGACGCCGUCCAAGCGUGCAGGGGGGCGCCGGCGGGGCAGGGUUGCCAACAGCAGCAAUGGCAGCCGGCCCAGUACCCCCACCGUUAGUGCAGAGACCAAAGACACGGACAGCGACCACGAGGCUGGCAAUGGUGACGUCAAUGACAAGGACGAGGAGGACAAGGACGAGACCACUAACUCCUCGGAGGCCAACUCCUGCUUGCAGACUCCCGUGAAGCUGAAGGUGAACUCUGAGCCAGCGGAGCCCAAGGAGUGGAGUGGCGCCGAGGCCUCCCUAUUCAGGGUGCUCAUCGGCACCUACUACGACAACUUCUGUGCCAUCGCCAAGCUCAUCGGCUCCAAGACCUGCAGACAGGUGUAUGAAUUCAGGGUCAAAGAGUCCAGUAUCAUUGCACGUGCUCCCAUAGAUGAUGUGGACACUCCACCCAGGAAGAAGAAAAGAAAACACAGGUUGUGGGCCACGUAUUGUAGGAAAAUCCAGCUGAAGAAAGAUGGUUCCUCAAACCAUGUGUAUAACUACCAGCCUUGCGACCAUCCUCGCCGGCCGUGUGACAGCUCGUGCCCCUGUGUCACUUCGCAGAACUUCUGUGAGAAGUUCUGCCAGUGCAGCUCAGAGUGUCAGAACCGCUUCCCAGGUUGCCGCUGCAAGGCGCAGUGCAACACCAAGCAGUGCCCCUGCUACCUGGCCGUCCGCGAAUGCGACCCCGACCUGUGCCUCACCUGCGGUGCUGCUGAGCACUGGGACAGUAAGAAUGUCUCCUGCAAGAACUGCAGCAUUCAGAGGGGUGCCAAAAAGCACUUGCUGAUGGCCCCGUCUGACGUGGCUGGCUGGGGCAUUUUCAUCAAGGAACCAGUGCAGAAGAACGAGUUCAUCUCUGAGUACUGUGGAGAGAUAAUCUCCCAGGAUGAGGCUGACCGCCGAGGAAAGGUGUACGACAAGUAUAUGUGCAGCUUCUUGUUCAAUCUUAACAAUGACUUCGUCGUGGAUGCAACGCGGAAAGGCAACAAAAUCAGGUUUGCCAAUCAUUCCGUGAAUCCCAACUGCUAUGCAAAAGUCAUGAUGGUCAACGGCGAUCACAGAAUAGGCAUAUUUGCCAAGAGAGCCAUGCAUACUGGCGAGGAGCUGUUCUUUGAUUACAGGUACAGUCAAGCCGACGCCCUGAAGUAUGUGGGUAUCGAGAGAGAGAUGGAGAUACCCUGAGACCAGCUACCUCCUCCAAAACACCUUUAUUCUUCAGGAAGAUUUGAAAGUCUCAUGCAUUCCUUUCAUUUUUGAUACCAGAUUUUAAAUACCCACAAGAUAACUUGGUGGUUUAUAAUGGAAAACGUUGGAAACAGUAUUCGGUUUAAUCUGUUGUUCCUUGUGGUUUGCAGUAAUGCAAAUAAUUCUGAAGUUUGUGUUAGGUGUAGAACAUGUUUGACAGCCACUGCUACUGAGAUGCAUUUUAAAUAAAAUUGGUAUAGAUUGCUACUUAACAUACCCAAGUGGCAGACUUAACUAAGCAAGGUGCUGGACACUGUUGAUCGUCAGGGUGUGAUAUAUUUCAUAAGUCAAAGCUAGAUUAUGUAUUGUAUUGAGUGCUUAAGCACAAUUUGCUGUAUCACUUAUGCCACAAAGUAUUGGGUGUUUGUUGCGUGUGAACUUAACAGGUUUGAAUGUCUAACUUCGGAAGAACAAAGGGUAAUGGAUAAAUUCCUACAUGAGAAUAUUUCCUGUCAUGCUGAAAUUUAGAGCAAUCUAGCAUUGCACUGGAAAAUUAGGACUGCAGGGUAAAAUAGUCUAUUUGUGUUGCUGUUUGUGUAUAAAAGCCAAAGAAAUUGAACAAAUGUUUAGAUCAUAAUAUACAAAACAAAUCCCUAUUUAUUUUUUGUGGUUUAUAUAAAGUAGCUCUAAAUGAAAUACUACCUGACUAACCAAUGAAAUCAUGUCAAAGCAACAAUCUGCAGUUUCUACACUUGAAGAUUUGCUAGAACGUGCUUUUAAGGGUCAUGAAACUUUAGAUUCUUCCAAAUUGAACUAUUCACCCGUUACCUCUGAUUAUAUGGUGCUUUAGUUCAAUGUUUACAUGAAAAUGUAAUAAAAUUGUGCUAAAGGUUUUGCUA